AUGAAAAAGGACCACGCAGAGAAAUUCGGGGAAAGGAGAAAGCGGCAGAUUCCUGAACAAACGUGGUGGAAGGCAAGACAGGCACUCAUGGACAGAGGUUUAUGUAUCUUUAUUUUUUUUUUAAUUUUUAAAAAUUUGAGUCUUGAUUUUAAAAAGGGAAAACUCAAGAAGGGGGGAGGGGAGAGGGAGUUAUUCAAGUCACAGCAUUUCAACCCUAGAAGGGAAAAUCACUGGAUACACCAGAUCCUCGGUGAUCCUCGGUUUCAGAUCACCUCUUUGAUCCUCGGUCCUACAUCGCUCUGGCUCCUGCAUUGCUCUGGCUCCGGACCUGCUGCUAACCCACAGACCCUUGGGCUGGGCCCUCGAAAUCCCCUCUCACAGCCACCAGGGCUUCCUUGCUUUUCUUAUCAUCUCCAUCUUUAUGACGAGGCUUGUUAA